CAGAAUUGUCUCCCCUGAGUCUCGUGUUAGGCUUUACUGCUGCUAUGGAGUGAUCAUGGUCCUCACUGCAGCUGUAGUUGCUCUUUCUGUUGCUUUGUCAGUAAGAAAGACAGAACAGAACUCAAUCAAAAAUACCUAUGCUGCUUGCCCGAGAAACUGGAUUGCAUUUGGAAAUAAAUGUUUUUACUUUUCUGAAUACUCAAGUAACUGGACAUCCAGCCAGGCCUUCUGCAUGGCACAAGAGGCCCAACUAGCUCUAAUUGACAGCCUGGAGGAGCUGAAUUUCCUAAGGAGAUACAAAGGGAUUUUUGACCACUGGAUCGGCCUGCACAGAGAGUCGUCAGAGCACCCUUGGAAGUGGACAGACAACACUGAGUAUAACAACAUGAUUCCCAUCCAAGGAGUUGAAAUAUUUGUCCUCCUGGGUGACAGCGGGCUCAUCAGUAGCAGGGAUGACAUAAACAGGCAUUGGAUUUGUAGCAAGUCCAGCAGCUAUACCUUACAGUGUAAGGAGCUGAAGCAGUUUUGUUGUCACUGGCGCUGUGGAGUGAUCAUGAUCACGGUCCUCACUGCAGCUGUAGUUGCUCUUUCUGCUGCUUUGUCAGUUAUUUUAGGUAAAAAGCUCCAAGAAAAACUUCCAAAAAUCGUCUCCCCUGAGUCUCCUGCUAAGCUUUACUGCUGCUAUGGAGUGAUCACAGUCCUCACUGCAGCUGUAGUUGUUCUUUCUGUUGCUUUGUCAGUAAGAAAUACAGAACAGAUCUCAAUCAAAAAUAUCUAUGCUACUUGCCCAAGAAACUGGAUUGGAUUUGGAAAUAAAUGUUUUUACUUUUCUGAAUAUGCAAGUAACUGGACAUUCAGCCAGGCCUUCUGCAUGGCACAAGGGGCCCAACUAGCUCGAAUUGACAACCAGGAGGAGCUGACUUUUCUGGGGAGAUAUACAUGGUCUUCUAGCCACUGGAUUGGCCUGCACAGAGACUCAUCAGAGCAUACUUGGAGGUGGACAGACGGCACCAAGUAUAUGUAUUUGGUUCUCAUCCGAGGAGAAGAAAAUUGUGGCUUCUUGAGUGACAGGGGGCUCAGCAGUAGCAGGGACUACAUAAACAGGAAGUGGAUUUGUAGCAAGUCCAGCAGCUACACCUUACUGUGCCAGUAGUUUUGUAUCCUGGGUAGAGAGUACAUCGUAGUAAUCAUAAAGAACAAAACAUAUUACCCACUGUUUCUGCCUCAUUAAACAUCUGCUAAAAUCAU